AUUUGUACAAUGCGUCUUUAAGCAACCUUGAAUUUUUGGAGACAUCUCCUCUUUAUUAUGAGCUCGCAGUCAAUGGGCUAGCUUCAGAAGAGGGUAAAUGAGAUCAGCUUUAACAUCCGCCAACAACAACAGGACUAAGUGCCAAGCAUGGCGACGGACAACGCAGUCGUGGAGGAUACAGAGCAAAAGGACGAUAAUCAUGGAGAUUUGAAUUUUCAAAAAAGAGACUUUGAAAAUUCUCCCAAUAUUCAAUAUUCAAAGAGAAAGCAAAAGAAGAAUCCCUGCCACGCUCUUCACCUCGAGACUAUUCGCAAGCCUUCAUGGAUGUACUUUCAUUUACAGCUCUUCUCGACACUUACCGCAUCAGUCAAUGGAGAACUAGAUAUAAUCACAGCAAAAAGGCAUUUGACUUCUGCGCUCCAACGCUUCGUAGGGCUACAUGGCGCUGCCAUUCCUGUGGAUAUUUUGAAGCUAAAGGAUAAAGAAAUGUGGAUUCGUGUCCCGAGAGAAGAUGGCACUGCUGUACACGAAGCACUCGCAGGCUGGGUAAAUGACAGUGUCAGGUGGAUAGUCAAAGGGAAGGAUGAAUGGCUGGCGAGAUUAGCAACAGGGGGUGUUAAGGGCGGUCAAGAUUUGUUCAAGCCAUAUUGAAGGAGUGAACCGACUCAGAAACGUCAAUUUUGAUCUGAACGAAUGCUGUUAAACGUGAAGGGGAGUUUUGCGCACGGCGGAAACAAUGAUCCGCCCAAAUAUUCCAGAGCUUUAGAAGUGAGGCUGGUAAACGGCUUCGCGUCAUGUACCGUACGCAAGUGGGCAUGCCCAAUCGAACUUCCAUGGGAUAAGGCUUCCAGCUUUCCGGCUGGUCAAGGUAGCUCAGCAGAGCGAGGCUUGGGUUUCGCCUGCGCUCGCUUUGCGUCGCCUAGCAGCGACAAAGAUCACGCCUGCACUUUCUCUUCUGCUGUUGUGUCUUAUUUACAUGCGAACGGAUGUUGUCGGCACGAGUCGUGGAACAGGAGCUUUGCAUGAAAGUGAAGCUGUCUAUUUAUUUCCAAUUUUUGGUCUUCAUCGCUCUGGCAAUUCACGCGAUGAUGUCCACAGUUCUUGUACUGCCUACGGUAUAUGACAAGAAGCCGAUUACUGUACUCGACGUCGCUGCGUCGUAUACACAAACACGACUAGUCAGCUGCCACUUACGCCACCCACCCGCUUUCCAUCAUCAUCAUCAUCAUCAUCAUCAUCAU